AUGAAUCAAGAAAUCUACGAAGAACUGCUCUUCGCAAGAACUUUGAUAACCGACACUAAAGCGUUUCUUGCCAGAGUUAAACUAAUGAAGCAAAAUAUUGGAGGGGGCGAAUUUUCUCAGUUCCCCAAUUUGUCACAGACAAGCUGCCAGGAAGACGACGUUUCAACUUACGUUCAACAUUUAAAUGCCCUCUAUUCAGAUUUUGAAUCUAGGUUUGAGGAUAUUUUGACUAUGGACACAGUUGAACACAGUCACGUGAACAGAAAAGCAUGCGUUGCUGGGGCAUUGCUGGACUUGCAAGGUUACAUUCUAUCUGGUUUUAGACGAACAUGUCGAUCCUAUCGGGAUAGCUGGUAA